AUGAAUUGCUGGUCAGUAGAAGAAGAUUUAUGCUUUGCAGGAACAACCGGCCUUCAUUUGCAACAGGAUGAACUGAAUUAUACGUAUAUUCAACCAAGUAGUGUCCGCGAUGUCAGAUUUCGAAUGUCAUUGAAGAAACAUAUAUCUUUUAUUGAAUGGUUGAGAUUGAGGCUAGAUUGUCCAUUUGGAAUACGCAUACAUUUAAAAAAGACUACCGUAUUGCAGUGCAGGAAAAUAAACAAGUGGUUAAAGACACAAACGAGAAGAAUGCUUCGAAAACAAGGCCGUGAAGGUGCGAGUGCUGGCGAGUUCGACAGAAUAUUUACUCCUGAAAAAACGAUUCAGGAUGAUUAUCUCAAGCAUGCCCCAUUCUCUUAUAUGGAUGUCUCUACUGGAUCGGUGAAUUCUGGGAAAACCUCAAAUACUGUGAUAUACUCACCAAGAUACUCACCACUUUUCAUCCCGUUGGCGGAACAGUCACUUCGUGGUAGACCGCGCUCGGCAUAA